AUGGCGGCGGUGUUGAGCGCGGAGCGGCUCGAGGUGUCGGUGGACGGCCUCACGCUGAGUGAGCGUCCGCUACGCUCCUCUCCGCCGGCCCGUAGCCCGCCCGGGGCCACGGCCCGCAGCAGGGCUCCGCCCUUGGGGUCCCCGAGCCGUGUCACUGCCCGCUCGGCCACCAGGUCACCUCCCGAGCGGCCUGGGACCUUGGCUUGUGUCCCCACAGGCCGCGUCCCGAGGCUGCGCCUUUCUACCCUCCUCUUUCUGCCGGCCUUUCCCUUAGCGUGGACAUCAGCCCUUCCUCCAGGGAAGACGUCCCUCCGCAGGUUCUGCACCGACUCCAUCCAUCCGUCCUGGGAAAAAGAUGGGAAAGCGUUUCAUUCAACUUAUGAAGAAAAACUGAAACUUGUGGCUCUGCAUAAGCAGGUCCUCCUAGGGCCCUACAACCCAGACACUUCCCCUGAGGUUGGAUUCUUUGAUGUCUUGGGGAAUGACAGGAGGAGAGAAUGGGCAGCCUUGGGAAGCAUGUCCAAAGAGGAUGCUAUGGUAGAGUUUGUCAAGCUUCUAAAUAGGUGUUGCCAUCUGUUUUCAACAUAUGUUACAUCCCACAAAAUCGAGAAGGAAGAGCAAGAAAAAAAAAGGAAAGAGGAGGAGGAGCGAAGGAUUCGUGAAGAAGAAGAACGAGAACGUCUGCAGAAGGAGGAAGAGAAGCGUAGGAAAGAAGAGGCAGAAAGGCUUAGGCGAGAGGAAGAGGAGAGACGGCGAAUAGAAGAAGAAAGACUUCGACUGGAACAGCAAAAGCAGCAGAUAAUGGCAGCUCUGAACUCGCAGACAGCGGUACAGUUCCAGCAAUAUGCAGCCCAGCAGUACCCAGGGAACUACGAACAGCAGCAGAUCCUCAUCCGGCAGCUCCAGGAGCAGCACUACCAGCAGUACAUGCAGCAGCUGUACCAGGUCCAGCUUGCCCAGCAGCAGGCAGCACUGCAGAAGCAACAGGAAGUAGCAGUCGCCGGUGCAGCUUUGUCUCCAUCCUCAAAAGCAAAUGCAUCUGUACCAGGCGAUUUGAUGUCAGUUAAUGGACAAACCAAAACACACACUGAGAACUCACAGAAGGAACUGGAACCUGAAGCUGUGGAAGAAGCCCUGGAGAAUGGACCAAAAGACUCUCUUCCAGUAAUAGCAGCACCAUCCAUGUGGACACGACCCCAGAUCAAAGACUUUAAAGAGAAGAUCCGGCAGGAUGCAGAUUCUGUCAUCUCUGUGGGCCGAGGAGAAGUGGUUACUGUUCGUGUACCCACCCACGAGGAAGGAUCGUAUCUCUUUUGGGAGUUUGCUACAGACCAUUAUGACAUUGGAUUUGGGGUGUAUUUUGAAUGGACAGACUCUCCAAACACUGCUGUCAGCGUGCACGUCAGCGAGUCGAGCGACGAUGAGGAGGAGGAGGAAGAAACUAUCAGUAAUGAAGAGAAAGCCAAAAAGAACGCCAGCAAGCCCGUGCUGGAUGAGAUUGUGCCUGUGUACCGACGGGACUGCCACGAGGAGGUAUACGCUGGCAGCCACCAGUACCCGGGCCGAGGGGUAUACCUCCUCAAGUUCGACAACUCCUAUUCACUGUGGAGGUCCAAGUCAGUCUACUACAGAGUCUACUAUACCAGAUAA